GAAAUAUGUCGAUGUGACGACACGCAAGGUGUAAUUUAUUAUUAAAUUAUUGACGUUUCGGUGCUAUAUACAACUAAUUUUUACGCAGAAUUUUACAUUUUUUACCCAAAACAAGAGAAACUCGAUUGUCGUGGAUUAUAUUCAAUAGGGCAACAACCAGAACGUAAAGGGCCUUAUCCUCUCCAGAGAAUUAAUUCACUUAUUUUCCUAGAUUAUAUUUAUAUAGAUAUUUUAUGGUGGGACCAAUUAGGUACGGCUAAAUACCUUUUUAAUAAUAAAAGAGACCAAUAGACGACGGUAAAAUUAGCAAGAAUAUUUAACGUUUUAGUGGCUUAAAUAGCAAUUUUAUAUUAGAAGAAUUCAAAGGAAUGAGAAGUGCACUAAAAAAGGAUCCAUUUGACCAUCAAACAGGUCAUGUUGGAACUUCCAGAUUUGCGCUGAAUCAGUUCGACGUUUCAACACAGUCAGAUAUUCAGCACCAAAAUUUUAACUAUGGCUCUGAAGAUGAAAUAAUGGGUCGGUUGUACGGGCAUGAAAAACGUGCCGAAAAUUCGUCCGGCAAAUCUGUAGCUCACUACAGUAAGCAGGAUAUUCUGGAGCAAUACUGCAUAUCAGACAGAGGCUUGGGUGCUUUAGAAAAUGGCAGCUACAGUUUCUUUGGGUGCCUUUCUUCACAUCACAAUUCGUCAUGCUCAUCCCGCAGUGCCUCUUCAUUCUUGACGGCUUGUGUUCGACAAAAGGUUUCCUCCGACGAAAAUUUGUAUGAAUUGUAUAAACGCCAUCCAUAUGAAUAUGCCCCGUUUCCCAAGAAGCAAAGAUACCCAUGGUCCCCAGUCACACCCGAAAUGUAUUCGCAUGAUCACGAUCUAAAAUCUUCAUAUUUUCGAAGAAAACCAUACGCCGACCCAAGCAGAUACACAUGGAUGCCCUCCGACGACGAAUCGAUUCGAAUGGAAAAACCCAAGUCCAUAAUCGAUAUUUCCUACCGAAAUCAGAUGAUGCCUCAAAGCAAAAAGCACGUCAGUUUUGCCCGAUCGCAUACAUUAACUUCGUUCGACGACGCAAUGUCGUCUUUGAGUUCCUCAUCCAGCCAUUUGAAUCGCAUUACCAGAAGCCAGGAGCGGCUGCUGGAAGUCAAGAAAAUCGAUGCGUCUCAGGCGAUCACGAAACAGCCGGAAUUUAUGGACAAGAUCGUGCUGGAAAAAGUCAAGAGAGGCCCGAUGAAGACGCAAGCGACACAAACUGAUAAUAUUUUGGCACGGAAAUCAUUAGCGCACGUCAGCCUUAGUCCUAGAACAGUACAGAGGGUGAAGAUGGUCUCCCAAGCAGCUCAAACUAACGGCAUCAAUGGGCGUAAGCUAAUAAAAUCCUUAUCAGAGGCUGGCCAUAAGUUUCCAUCCACAUCCCAAGAAGACCGUCAUUUCUUCGGAAAUGGUGAUCAUGAGCCACUUCACCGAACUCAGUCCGAUGAGCCUCCAAGAUCCCCAUACAUCGACACAUCGCCUCCAAUCGCAAAUCUUCCGUCGGAAGAUCAGCCCCAAAGUGAAUCUUCGUCGAUCUCCAAGUCGGACGAUCAUGGAUCUGAAGAUUCCGUCGAGGCGAAGAAGGAGAUUUUCAUCGAUUUCAAACCGCAAGUUCGAACUGGUUUGGGAACGCUGAGCAAACCGCCGCUAGUCAAGACAUUUUCCGAUGGCGUGAUCUUGAUGGAGAAGCGGCGCCUUAAUAAUUCAGAUGAUGGAGUGGUACCCAAUAUGCGUUCGUUCAGUUCAAUUAGCCACGAAAAUGUGCAGGUUGCCGAUGAAGUGUCGAAAUUCGUACCACAUUUUCAGAAAGCUCCAAUAAAGCACGAAGGAAUCUGCAAACCUCUAGAAGAGAACAUAUAUUCUUCUAUUGAUGGAAGCAUUAACCCGCAAGAUUCUAUUGAUGAAGAAUUCCACGAAAACCUGUUUUACCAUAGGGACUACAACCGGCAAGAAUCUCUGGACAAAGACCUGGAAGUCAUCAGCGAAAGGAGCCCUUCAGCUGAUGAAUCAAUUGUGCCGUCCAUUUAUUUACGAACUGAUUUGACUCCUUCGCCCUUUGCAUCUAGUGACUCACUAGCAAAUGAUACGAGAGAUCAAUCGGACGAUAUUUGGAACGAAUCCCAAGUUACAGUUUUGCAGGUCGAAUCCGGUACUGAUAAUGGAACAGUUAUCAACACACCAGAAAGUGCACCUUUGGGCUCCACUGCUCUCCUGACACCAUCAUCCAGACGGAAACACCUGCUAAUGUGGCAACAUCAGCAACGCUCUUCCAUGGAUACUGAAGACUUGGACAAAGAGUGCCUUGAACAGGACAUUCGUCCAAAACUGGCCAUAGAAAUAAGCCCUAACAAGCUCAAGGUGCCAAACACGCUGCAAGUGAUCACCAAACAAAGCUCUUCUUGCCUGAGAAUCGGGCAACCACGCGCUAUGUCGCCUUCUAGACGGAGAAAAGUGUCCGAAUUUCCUCAAGUUUUAGCGGAAUCGCCGCUUCCAGCCGUUGUUCCUGAGCUUGUGCUGGCUCGCACUGAUUCCUGCAAGACAAACACUGAUCUUUCGGAAAGUACCACCACUGAUGAUUACAUUACAGCCAAUUCCGGUACGGAUAGUUCCAGGAAAAGUGCUUCGUUUCAGGGAGCUGAUAACUCUACACUCAAUCAUAUGCUUCAGGAUCCUAAAUUACAACUAAUGAGCCAGGAUAAGAAACCAGACGGCGGAGGUUCCAGUUUCGACAGUGCCAAAGGCUCUUUAGAUGCAUUUACAUUAGACGAUAUGGUGGUUCCUUCAAUUUCCCCAUCAAUAUCAUCGGAUCGAUAUCUCCCCAUGGACACAAAUCCUGCCAGCGUUAGUUAUUCUCAUACUCCCGUGCCGCAGAUUCGGACUGGUCGUUCCACUCCAUCAGAAGACAGCAGUUCUUGUGGGAGCUACAGCGUUGGCGGAUCUACUCCCGAUCUCCUUGAAAGUUUGACCAAGCGCGAAGAAACAACCMCGAAGAGAAGAAAGGAGUUCCAACUGGAYCUGGCCAAUGGCUCAAGAAGCGGCAGCAGCAGCAAAACGAGGCACAAAAACAAUGAUAGCAAACCCUCGCCGCAGCAGGAAAGCCUCAAAGUUGCCCCUGAGAAAGGGAAGCGGUCCAAAGUUAGAACACGAAGCCCAUUGCAGGGACACAAAAAGAGCUUUCAAGGACGCAAAUCGCCACACAAGGACAAAACCCUUUACCUGGAAGACCGAAGUUACAAAGCCACAUCCGACGAGUCCAGUACUGGACGAGAGUACACGAUCAGCCAAACUUCGCCUAGAAAAUCGAAGAAAAACAAAGAAUCGUCCAGGCGAAAGUCGUUGCCUCGAUCUCCAGUCAGCCAGAAGAGCCAAAAAAAGAACGACGUGGACUAUCAGCCAUCCAGUUUGCCAGGCAGUUUAUCCAGAAGGAAGUCUGCCAAGAAAUCCGCACAACCUGGUAACUUGGAGUAUGAGCAUGCAAACGCCUACUCCAAACAUGCAGACGCUCAGAAAAGCCCUACAGCUUCAGCAAAGGACACAACCACCCUAAAGGCUCUGAGCGCUGAGUCGUUGCGAUCCGUUAGCCCAGGGAGCGACAGCGUUUUCUACAGCGAACCCAACAGCCACGCAACUGACCAUCACAUGCAUUGCCUACAUUGCGGAAAAGAGGUGGAAGUGAAUACGGAUGAAGCGGAAAAAAGCUUAAGCAGCAACGGACAUCAGCAACAAGUGAUCGUGCAACCUCCCGCGGGUUUUGAAGACUCGCCCAAAAUCAAAGUGGGCAGACUGUUCAAAAAAUCGGACAAACGGCUGAAGUCAGAGGAGAAGAGUCAGCACGAGCAAAAACGCCAUCGAUACAGACCGGACAUGCGAGCGAAGUCAGAAGAACGCGGUGGAGCCACAGCGACUUUACGAGGACGAUUACGGCCGAUGCAGCGCUCUCCCUACUGCAGCAAGGAGCACCUCAAAGCAGCAGACAGCAGCCCCAGCAUCCUACCAGGAGCCCCAGAGGAAGAUAACGACCAGGGUGUGUAUCCCGGUUGCUACCGUUCCGGCCAGUGGUUCUGCAUCAACGAGGCGGACAAAGUUCUUGCAUUCUUCUCACCGACAGAGCCGGAAUCAGUUCGACGAGACUCCAUCUCGAGCACCGAAUCGGAGCAUAACUUUAGUGAACGAUACCAUGGCGUCGCACAUCGAGUUGUCCAUCGAAAACCCUAUGUAGAUAUGUAUAAGCGGUUAUAUUUUAAAUCAUUUGAAUCGGACAAAACCAUCGUCGUCCAACGCGAUUCUGACGAAUUUGGCUUCAGAAUUCAUGGAUCCAAGCCAGUGGUUGUGACCGUCAUCGAGCCAAACACUCCGGCCGAGUCUUCAGGACUGGAAGUAGGCGAUAUCAUAAUUUCGGUCAAUGGAGUUAAUGUGCUGGAUCGCAGUCACUCCGAUGUGGUGCAAAUCGCUCAUGCUGGCAGCGACACUCUAACAUUAGAAGUUGCUCGUACAAGCUACGCGUUGAAUUCGGCCAAAGAACUAUCGGAUUCUUACACGCUAUACAGUGGGUAUCUAUGGAAGAUGAGUGGUUACGCCAAAGGAAAUACAACGAACAAGUGGACGCGACGAUGGUUUUGUCUAAAAAAGGAUAAUUGCCUUUAUUAUUAUAAGACUGAUAGUGAUAAACAGCCUGUAGGAGUAGUGAUGCUCUUCGAUCAGGAGAUUCGAGAGUUAGAUACCGACACCGAACUAUCUAAGCCCAACAAAUUCGUCAUUCAAAAGGAGGAAGCAGUUCCGCUUUAUUUGGCUGCAGAUACUUUGGAGGCCAGAAGUCGAUGGGUGGAAGUAAUCGAAAAGACCUUAAGCGAGUGUCAAGCCGUAGAUGAAUAUUUAGAAGAAACCAAGCGGAAUCUAACGUUGAGUCCCAACUCAAUUAGUGAUCCUGACUGUUUCGGGUAUCUUAUCAAACUGGGAACGCAAUGGAAAUCCUGGAGUCGUCGAUAUUGCGUCCUUAAAGACGCCGCUCUGUACUUUUAUCAAGAUUCCAACGCGAGUAACGCGUUUGGAGUAGCUUUACUUCAGGGUUAUCGCGUUCAGCAAUCUUCAUCCUCAAAAAAACACUCAUUUGAGAUCGUUCCUCCAGACCCAACUAAGAAACAUUAUUAUUUUCACGCCGAAUCAGAUACUGACCGACGAAGAUGGAUUUCCGCAUUAGAAUAUUCUAUCGAGCGAUGGCUCGUACAACAGUAAACACGAAUCAGUUGCAUGUAUAAAGCUAAGAGGUACCUACUAAAUGAACUAUUAUGUACAUAAUCUGUGUGUCCAUAUUAUAAUUAAGUGCCAAAAGUAAUAUAAACAAUUUAUGAAAUUGUAGCCGGAUAGAAGAGUAACAUUAGUUCGCGCUUGAUUUGUAUGAAAUACAUUGCUCAAGAAAGUUUAUUUAUAUUGAAUAGUGGGAAAAUCGAUUUUAUAAAUGACGUGUGCACUGCCAGAGUAUAAAUGUUUAAUAAACAGAUUUUUUUAUAUUU